AUGCUUUUCAUCCUAGCACUGCUCUUCCCCUUUACCACGGCGAUUCCCUCAAACGCCAGCUUUCCAAACAUCAACCUUGGAUACGCCGUCCACGCACCCACCUUCGUUAACACAACCUCUUCCGGUCUCCAGGUGGCCAACUACAACAACAUCCGCUUUGCACAACCACCUACCGGAAACCUACGUUUUCGCAAACCUCAAACACCUCCUCCGCACCACGUGGGAGUCAUUCAUGGAGACGAGUAUCAAUCCACAGACUGUGUGAAUAGUGUGCCUUCUGUCGCUCCAUUUCCAGGUUACAACGGCACCAGUUGGGGCCAGGAGGACUGUCUUUUCCUGAAUGUUCAAGUGCCUGAAGGGGUCAAGGAAGGGGAUAAUGUCCCAGUGCUCCAUUGGUUCUAUGGGGGAGCUUAUGCCUUUGGAAGUAAAGACAAAGCGGCUCUUAGCUGGGGGCAUUCUAUGGGGUUGUUCAAUGCCCUUAAGCGACAUAACGAGAAGUUUAUUUUUGUCGCUAGUAACUAUAGACUUGGAUUGUAUGGAUGGAUGGCAUCUCCGCACGAGGAUAUGGACAGCAAUGUUGGUGUCCACGAUGGCGAAGCGGCCCUUCAAUGGACAAAACAAUACAUUUCCAAGUUCGGAGGUGACCCAGAUAGAAUCACGGCGAUGGGACAAAGCUCCGGUGCUGGAAUUUUGAAUUACCUCCUUGUGGCAAACAGAGGAGGCAAGGAGUUACCCUUUUCUCAGAAGGCCAUCAUCUCUUCACCCGCGGUAAUGUCACGCCGAAAUGUCACUUCACGGAGGCAAGAAGUAUAUGAAGACGUGCUUGCUGCCGCCAACUGCACAUCGCUGGAAUGCCUACGGUCCGCUUCACCAGAGGUCCUUGUAGCAGCUAACUAUCAUCUCAUAAGUGAAGUUCCCAGUGGCGCUGGUGGUGGCUCUUUCGGUCCCAGCAUUGGCUUCGCUCCAUCACCCGACGGCGUAUAUAUCCGAGACGAACCGAUGGUGCUUCUUCAGGACAGCAGUACAGCCCAUCGCCAACCACUUAGACAAUUAUUGGUUGGCAACAUGGCACACGAUGGCAUGAAUCUCAUUAAUGAUAAUAACAUGCCAGCUGCAUUUGGAGACCUGGUUCGUGCUGUCUUUACCACAGCCAGCAAUCAAACUAUACAACAAAUUCAAGACUUGUUUCCGUUCCCCUCGUCAAAGCCCGAGAAACUAGCCUGGGACUGGGCUACGUCGAUCAUAUUUGCCUGUCAUUCGCAGAGUAUUGCCGCGGCAUAUCCAGAAAUCGCUCAUCGAUAUGUCAUGGAUAUUCCCCCGGCAACUCAUGCUCAGGACCUUGCUUAUAUGUUCUUCCUGGAUAACACCACUACUCCGGUGACCAAUGCCCCCCUUGUUCGGCAAAUGCAAGAAUACCUGUUGCGGUUUGUCGCAGCACACAAUGCGACUACAGCAUCUAGAUUCCCUGUAUACGGCUCCGACUCGAAAGUCACAUUGCUUACAGAAACAGGGUUGAAAGUCCAACGUGAUCCGUGGGUCACAAAUGGGGUCUGUGACAAAUUGCUUACCUUGAUGGAAGAGCCUGAAAAUGGUGUGUAG